GGAUAUUUCAAGAAGAAUCUCAUUAUCAAGAAGAAUUCCUCCCACAACUAGAUGGGCCAUCAGAUCUUGAUUUAGCCACUUGAGGCUUCUCGUGGAGCAGAUUGCUCGAGUACCUGAGAGAUCCUUUUCCGAGAUGGAUCCUCAUAUCCAGGCCAUUGCCCAAACUGACUUCUCAUUUCCCCAUGAAACAGAGGAGACCCUUCGGAGCAUCAAGAAGCACAUAGAGGUCAUUGAGAAAGCUUAUGCACAGUUUUCUCAAGACAACCUUUAUGCUACAAUACAAGCAGAGAAGGAGGAAGAAGUCAAUCAUGAGAAUGUCGUGGAGCAUACAGAAGUUGUCACGAAGAGCUCUCGUGAUGAUCAUGAUCAGAAAUGUCUUGUUGUAGCCGCCCAUCCCUUUCUGAAACCCACACUGAGCGCUGAAGAGGCGGGCAUGAGUGAGGAGAUGCAAGCUGAUCUUAUUGAAAAGAUUGCAUGGCGACUUGCUCUCCAAUCCGUGCUAGAAGAAGAAGAGCGAGAAAGGAUGAGGAAAGAAGUUGUGGAAGAUGACAGAAGUGAAUUAGAGGAAGUCCUUGAUCUUUUCCCAAGGGAGGAAUCAAAUUAUGAGGAAGGAAGGAGGGUUGAAGAAGCAAUUGGCGUCCAGGCUAAGGAUGAAGUUGAGGUGGAAGAGGCUUGCACCGGCCAUGAGUUACAUGUGAUAUCUCCACCAAACUUCAAGGAGCUGCUUGGAAAGGACCCAUUUGCAGUGUCUCUUUGCCAGACCAAGGCCACAUCAACAUCGGUCCCUCUUGGUGGACGCGAUGGUGGUCGCUCGAUGCUGUCAUAUCUGGUUUGGGGCAAUCAGAUGAGUGAGGAAGAAAAGAAGAGGUCUCGCGGGUGGAGACUUCAUAUUCAUCAAGUACAGGAGCCUACAUCACCUAUCAUACCACCUGCUUGUGACUUGAGACCCCACAUCAUCGACGAGAACCUCAACUUCAAGGAGGUUCUAGCAUGGACCGAAACUUAGGAGCCACCGUCCAACUCACGACGGUAAAGAAGCGCUUGUGGGGAGGCAACCCCACCACGGUUUGUUUUUAUUUUGUUUUUUUCGGUUUCAACUUGGAACUAUGGUUUCUUUCACCCAGUGUGUGUGUGUUUUCAUGACUCUAGCUCUGUGCUAGUUGGACUGGUCCAUUUCCAGUCUCCUGCUCUUGACUAGUCUGCCUUCGAGUCACCGUUACCGCUCAUCAUUUCCUGGUAACAUCGUUCCCCUUCCCUCUGCUCUAUUGAGGGCAAUGUCGAACUUAAGUGUGGGGGUGCUUUGUCUUUAUUGGAACGUAUAUGUGUGUGCUUGUAGCCUAGUCCGUUGUCCAAAUUUCGAGAUUUGAGGGUUCCAAGUAGUGCUGUUGGCUUGAUCAUAUUGGCACUGUGGGUUUAAUUAGUGAAUCACAUGGCUUUCGAAUUGAUGCAUGACAACUGGAUUGUGACUAGGACAACCUAUAACGAUAAUUAAGACGUGCAGUAGAG